UGACAGUUGACAGUUGUAUAGGUGGCGUCCCUGUCACUAUCUAGAAAAUAAAAUUGUCAAACUGAAUCACUGCUUGCAUCAUUUAAAAUUAAUCUUUUAUCGCAAAUCAACUUCGUUUCGAGAGGCGUGUGCACAUUUCUGAUAAAUUUAUUUCGCACAGGCAGUCAAAACAAUUAAAACGGCUUGGUGUUUCAUACCGCAAAGUUUUUGUCAGUUUAUAGAAAUCAUAUAAAUGUAAAAUCGGUACAAAACAAACCAUCAAACAAACCGUGUAGUGGGGGUCAUAUCAACAUCGUGUUAUGAAAUUGCGGUGUAAAUAAAACGGCUCCAUUGCGAAAUUAUUAUUAUGCCAGAUUUAAAAGUCACUCCGCUCGGUGCCGGCCAAGAUGUGGGAAGAAGUUGUCUUCUGUUGUCGAUGGGCGGCAAAAACAUAAUGCUCGAUUGUGGCAUGCAUAUGGGAUACAAUGACGAGCGACGAUUUCCCGAUUUCUCGUACAUCGUGCCGGAAGGUCCGUUGACCGUUCACAUCGAUUGCGUUAUUAUUUCCCAUUUCCAUUUGGACCACUGUGGUGCCUUGCCUUAUAUGUCGGAAAUAGUUGGCUACACUGGUCCCAUCUACAUGACACAUCCGACGAAAGCAAUCGCUCCGAUUUUACUGGAAGAUAUGCGCAAAGUGGCCGUUGAACGUAAAGGGGAAUCCAACUUUUUCACAACGCAAAUGAUCAAAGAUUGCAUGAAAAAGGUCCAGGCCGUGACCUUGCACCAGAGUGUUAUGGUGGACAGUGAAUUGGAAAUCAAGGCAUAUUAUGCUGGCCAUGUUCUGGGCGCAGCAAUGUUCUGGAUACGAGUCGGAUCGCAAUCGGUCGUGUACACCGGCGAUUAUAACAUGACACCGGAUCGACAUCUGGGCGCUGCAUGGAUCGAUAAAUGCAAACCGGAUCUACUCAUUUCGGAGAGUACAUAUGCGACGACGAUCCGUGAUUCGAAACGGUGUCGCGAACGGGACUUUUUGAAAAAGGUCCACGAGUGUGUGGCCAGAGGCGGUAAAGUUUUGAUUCCAGUAUUCGCGCUGGGUCGGGCGCAAGAGCUGUGCAUUUUAUUGGAAACAUAUUGGGAACGAAUGAACCUCAAAUAUCCAAUUUACUUUGCCGUUGGACUCACCGAGAAGGCGAACAAUUACUACAAAAUGUUCAUCACUUGGACCAAUCAGAAAAUACGAAAAACGUUCGUCCAACGGAAUAUGUUCGACUUCAAGCACAUCAAACCGUUCGACAAAGGCUACAUUGACAAUCCUGGAGCGAUGGUAGUUUUCGCUACUCCGGGAAUGUUACACGCUGGACUGUCGUUGCAAAUAUUUAAAAAGUGGGCUCCGAAUGAGAACAACAUGGUUAUAAUGCCCGGCUAUUGUGUACAAGGUACGGUUGGUCACAAAAUUCUUGGCGGUGCGAAGAAAAUCGAAUUCGAAAAUCGUCAACAGGUUGAAGUCAAAAUGUCGGUCGAAUAUAUGAGUUUCAGCGCUCACGCCGAUGCUAAAGGCAUUAUGCAGCUGAUUCAAUAUUGCGAGCCCAAGAAUGUGAUGCUUGUCCACGGCGAAGCGGAGAAAAUGAAAUUCCUGAGAGAGAAAAUCAAAGAAGAAUUUAGUAUUGAGUGCUUCAUGCCGGCUAAUGGUGAGACCUGCGUCAUAACAACUCCAGUUAAAAUACCAGUUGAUGCUUCGCUGGCACUGCUGAAAUCUGAAGCGAAAAUCUACAAUGCCCAGCCACCCGAUCCGAAACGAAUGCGACUGAUUCACGGUGUUUUGUUUAUGAAAGACAAUCGGGUGUCGUUGAUGAGCUUGGACGAGCUGUGUAAGGAAGUCGGAGUCAACAGACAUAUCUUACGAUUUACCUCAACAAUCAAAGUGGACGACCAGGAACCCAUUGGCCGGAUAAGUGAAAAAUUGUUCAGUUUGCUGCAGGAUAAACUGAGUAGUUGGCCCGUCACAAUGUUGGAAAAUCAUAAAAUUGCCGUACAAAGUGUAACCAUAGCCAUCGAAAGUGAACCGAAUGAGCAUCACAAAAAUAUAUUGGUAUCGUGGACCAAUCAGGACGAAGAUCUCGGUUCCUAUAUUUUAGGCUUGUUACAGAACAUGGGCUAGGAGUGUCACAAUUUUAAUUUCCUUUUGUCAUAAUGUGAAUUUUUGAAAUGUAUUUUUUAUAUGAACGAGAAUAAUUCGGGUGAUUAGAACGUGUCGUACGUGAAA